AACUUGGGACAAGUUGCCGGAGUCGCGGGGCGCGGGCGGCGGACGAACUGACCUUCAGCGCUAGGGAGCCCCCACCAGCAGCCGCCAUGGCGUCGCGCAUCGGGCUGCGCAUGCAGCUCAUGCGGGAGCAGGCGCAACAGGAGGAGCAGCGGGAGCGCAUGCAGCAGCAGGCCGUUAUGCAUUAUAUGCAGCAGCAGCAGCAGCAGCAGCAGCAGCAGCAGCAGCAGCAGCAGCAGCAGCUAGGAGGGCCACCCACCCCUGCCAUCAACACUCCUGUGCACUUCCAGUCUCCGCCACCUGUGCCCGGGGAGGUGCUGAAGGUUCAGUCCUACCUGGAGAACCCCACCUCCUACCACUUGCAGCAGUCCCGGGACCAGAAGGUGCGGGAGUACCUGUCUGAGACCUAUGGGAACAAGUUCGCUGCCCACAUCAGCCCUGCGCAGGGCUCCCCAAAGCCCCUGCCGGCCGCCUCUCCCGGGGUGCGGGCCGGACACGUGUUGUCUUCCUCAGCUGGCAACAGUGCUCCCAACAGCCCCAUGGCCAUGCUGAACAUUGGCUCCAACCCCGAGAGGGAGUUUGAUGUCAUCGACAACAUUAUGUGUCUGGACAAUGUCCUGGGCUACAUCAACCCUGAAACUCAGAUGCCCAAUACGCUGCCCCUGUCCAGCAGCCACCUGACCGUGUACAGUGGGGACCCCCAGGUCACAGCCUCCCUGGUGGGCGUCACCAGCAGCUCCUGCCCCGCUGACCUGACCCAGAAGCGAGAGCUCACAGAUGCUGAAAGCCGAGCCCUGGCCAAGGAGCGGCAGAAGAAAGACAAUCACAACCUGAUUGAAAGGAGACGGAGGUUCAACAUCAACGACCGCAUCAAGGAGUUGGGGAUGCUGAUCCCCAAGGCCAACGACCUGGAUGUGCGCUGGAACAAGGGCACCAUCCUCAAGGCCUCUGUGGAUUACAUCCGGAGGAUGCAGAAGGACCUGCAGAAGUCCCGGGAGCUGGAGAACCACUCUCGGCGCCUGGAGAUGACCAACAAGCAGCUCUGGCUCCGUAUCCAGGAGCUGGAGAUGCAGGCUCGUGUGCACGGCCUUCCCACCACCUCCCCGUCCGGCAUGAACAUGGCUGAGCUGGCCCAGCAGGUGGUGAAACAGGAGCUACCCAGCGAGGAGGACCCUGCGGAGGCCCUGCUGUUGGGGGCUGAGGUCCCCGACCCUGAGCCAAUGCCGGCUCUGCCCCCCCAGGCCCCGCUGCCCCCGCCAGCCCAGCCGCCUCAACCACCAUCCCCGUUCCAUCACCUGGACUUCAGCCACAACCUGAGCUUUGGAGGCGGGGGUGACGAAGGGCCCCCCAGCUACCCCGAACCUGUGGGGCCAGAGCAUGGCUCCUUGUUCCCCACCCUGUCCAAGAAGGAUCUGGACCUCAUGCUCAUGGAUGACUCAUUGCUACCACUGGCCUCCGACCCCCUUUUCUCCACCAUGUCCCCUGAGGCCUCGAAGGCCAGCAGCCGCCGGAGCAGCUUCAGCAUGGAGGAGGGUGAUGUGCUGUGACCCUGGCUGCCUCCAUGCCAGGGAGUGGGCAGGCCUGGGGCUGGGGGGCCCGGCACCUCCUGCCUACCCUCCAGGCUGCACUUGUGUGUGAAGUAGCCACCUGCCCUGCCUCACUCCUUCCCGUUGGCCCCCUGUUUGGACUUAGUGUCUACUUGGCAGACUGUGGGGUCAGGUGAAGCCCCCGCCGGGCUCGGCAUCCCCCAGGAGUGACCCUCUUGAGGGUGGGCAUGAUGAAGCCUCAAGCCAACCCCCAGAGGUGAAGUUGUGAGGGAAGAGAGGGAACAGUGUGCUAGGUAAGCUCCGGGGGUUCCUAUCUUCUCAGUCUGAUUCCCCCUCCCCAGUGAGGGAGGACACGAUGAAACAAGGGGUUCAGCAAGUUCUUUCUCUGAGGCAGUGGCUGGUUCGGGGGGGAUACCCAGGCCUGCCUUUCUGGGAUUCGGACAGCUACAAGCUCCUCCCGCCUGGCACUUCCCCCUCACACAGGUGGGGCACCCCCACCGCCCUUUGGUGCUAUCAGCUCUCCACCAGGUGGUGUGAGGGCGGGGGGUGGCCAGAAGAGGGGAUGCUGGGUUCAGGUUAGAGUGCAGGGUCAUUGCUGGAAGAUCAGCUCCCCUCCAGGCUCCCCACUUUGUGCCUUUAGUAAACACUGUGCUUUGUACCCACUUGUCCUGUCUUUUUGGUGUGGGUCUGGGGAUGACAGAACAGGGGACGAUUCAACCCACUAGACUCCUUUCUGGAUUUUGAGUUCAAAGGCCCUUGAUGGGGGUGAGCAUAGGGGGAUACAGAGAGGCAGGAACUGGCCCAUCACCUGGCCCCCCCAGCCCCCCUGACCCCUGGGGAAGUUGGA